CUACUUCCGUUCCAAGAUGUCUACCACAACAAAACAGAAGUCGAGCAAUCUAGAUAAACCUCUCGGCAGGGGGAAGCCAGAGGUGAACAUUGCAACGUUUGCUCUGUUGUUCUCGGAAAUCGUCCAGUACAGUCAGAAUCGGGUGUACAGCGUAUCGGAACUCCAGAACAAACUGUCAGACAUGGGUCAGCAUGUUGGAUCACAUUUACUUGAUCUACUGUUUGUCAGGGAGAAAGGCUACAAACGGGAAGUCAAGCUACUCAACAUGCUCCUGUUUAUCAAAAACAACUUUUGGAAGACACUCUUCGGAAAGCAAGCAGAUACGCUGGAGCAUUCUAAUGAUGACGAGAGAACUUAUUAUAUAAUAGAAGCCGAGCAUCUCGUCAACAAGUUUAUAUCAGUCCCUAAGGAUAAAGGGAAAUUGAACUGUGCAGCGUUCACUGCUGGAAUCAUAGAGGCCAUAUUAAACGGUGCCAACUUUCCGGCUAAAGUGACAGCUCACUGGCAUAAAGGAACAACCUUCAUGAUUGAAUUUGACGAGUCUGUGAUCAUCCGUGAUAAGAUGGUGGAGGGCAAAUGAGUUCAACAUUGAUCAAUAAACUAUGAGAUGUCUGUUGUGUAGUUUUAAUGUAAUAACACAUUGUAAACCUGUCAGAGUGAGAAUGAGGCUCACGACUGAGUGUGUUUGAAACUGUUGGACGUGAGGGUGUGUUUUGGUGCAUGCUGUUAGUGCAAUACUUUUUUAAAGUACAUUUAUUAUCGCUUUAGUGAACAUUUAAUGAAACUUCACUUGGGACCAGUAUUUAUUUCUUAUUAUGUAACUUUUUUUUUCAUGUAAGAGGAUUUUUGAUGGAUGUGUAAAAAUUAUUUGAUAACAUUUUUGAUUUAAUGGUUACACAUAGGGAAGGGGGAUAACUGUAUUUUGAGAAAUUAUUCUUGACACCUGUGAGAAAAUUGCAAAUACUCAUAAAAUGUGAGAACUAACAUAUAUAUACUAUGGUUUUAUCAAAGAUGUAAUAGACACAACAAAUAUUUUGAAAGUUUAAUAAAAAAAAAACACCCAGCUUUAAUAGUAAGGCAUUUUUGGAAGAUUUUUGGGGUUUAGCAGAUAAAUGGUACAUUUCAAAGUAUGAAUGUAACUAAUCUUGAAUGUUACCCGAUUGGUUGGAGUCUUAUUACACUGUGUAGAUGUAAACUGUGUACAAAUGUGUAUAUUGAUGUAAAGGAUAGUAUUUGAUAUGUGAUGGUUGAUAAUUUGAAAUCACUGUAACAUAUCUAUGAAUCUAUCUCACAAGUUUAAUAGUUUUUGAGAUUUAGUACAAAACUAUCUGGCUGAUUUUUAUAAUUCUUAUCCAUUUUUCUUCACUUUUGGAGUUAUUCAGGAACCAAUCAAGUGGGUUGGACCGUAAACGAGGUAGCACUGGUUAUAAUUUAUUAUUAGAUUAUUACAGUUUGUAUGCAAUAACAAAUAUUAUUGGAUCUACAAGUUAUAGAUUAAAGGAUAAUGUGUUCAAACUUCAGUAACACUCCAGUUGUUGGUGUACAUGAUCUUUAUUUCUUUCCAACCUUGUUUCAUUACCUCUGUGUCUCCAUCAGUAUCCGUCUUCAUAUGACCUUGGGUGUUAUGGAGAGAUUAACCAUCAAUUAAACCAAAUCAAAUGUUCUUAAUAGUAAAUUUAUGGUAUGUAACCAAAAAACUUAUGGAAAAAUGUAAAGUUUGACCUGGAUUCAUUAGCUAACUGACAUGUUAUGUCAACUUUUCAAGUGGUUUCUUCUUUAAUAAAAUAAUUAAGUGAAAACAUUUAUUGUUUUGUGAUAUUUAUCUGAAGUGAUUGUUCAUAAUCAAGACUGGGAUAAUGUACAUGUAUGUGGCACACUACCUUUCCAUCCGAACUAAAUAUAUCCCGAAAUUUUCAUUGAGCUAUCUUGAGCACAUCAGUUAUGGAUUGGACAAUGAAUUUGACCUCAAUAUGACCUUAACUUGGGGCAUAGGAACUCCAUUGUGGUACACAACACACUGCCUUGCCUUUCAAGUAUAUCCAUACAAUUUCAUUAAGCUGUCUUUGGCAAGUCGGAAGCUAUGGCCUGCACAAUGAAUAUUACAGAAUUAGACUUUUGAACUUUGGCAUUUGCACCUAAUAGUGGUGCAUAUUUGACAAGGAAACAACUCAUUUGACGUUGUAUGUGACAUGCCAAGUAAUAAAAAUCUUGCCACUCUACAUUUAUCCCUUAUAUUCCAUUGAACUAGCUCCUGCGAGUCAGAAGUUGUGGUAUAGAUAAAAUUUUGGAAAGAUAUAAAGUGGCAAAUAUAUGGUUCUUUUCAGAGCAUAAAAACAUGAAAAAAAUCUUGAAAUCAUUAUUAUACCUGAAAAUUUGGAUUUGUUAAUUGUUCGUAAAAUUUAAAAGUAAAGGUAGGUAUUGAAUAGAUACUGAUGAUGUCGUGGCACUGUAUAUGAUGUAUAACUGUGAUGACAUAUCCCUUUCACUACUCUUUGUCCAGCUCCCAUACUGGGUAACUGGUCAAAUGAUACUCCACCUGACCCUAUCUAAUUUUACCUAGUUCUCAUUUUCUUUGCCAUAUCACUUGUUUACACACAUAAUUAUGGAAAAAAAACCAACAUCAAACAAAUGAAAAAUAGUCUCAUAAAUUUAUUCAUAAUUUCAACAUACAUCAUUUAGUUAAAAAUAUAUGAUAUAUCUCUGAAAUAAUCCCUUAGCUGACUUAAUUUUGCAAUGUUUUGCUGUAAAGUAUAUUUGAAAUUGUGUAUUAAUAAAGUGAGGUAAAUUUUGUACGCACUAACAACUUGUGUAUGGAUCAUAUCUGAUGGCAAAUCAGCUUUUAUGAAAGUGUAAAAAUAACUUGAAACAAAUUUCAACAAAUUGUGUUUAAAUCUGGCAACUGUGUUUUGAAGAUAUAGCAGAACUACAUAUUUGAAUUUAAUAUUGCUGUAAAAGAAACAAGAACCUAAGAAUUGAGCUUUUCAUUUCUUUAAGGGACAUGAACCAUUAUUACCAAGCUCUGGUUUCACAAUUCUUUUUUCAAUUCUCAAAAUUUUAAUAAGGGUUAUUAAGAUUAUUUUCUUGUCAUUUCAACAUGAACAUCUGUGUAUUAUGUUCAGAAAUGACCAAACCUAAAACACUGAAUGAAAUGCAGAAAAACUUACCAUGGAACAUUUGAAUUUUGAAUUAAAGAUAAUUCUCAAAAGUCAACAAGCUUUGUAUUUUUUGGGCCAUCAAAUUGAAGUCUAAAUAGAACUUGUGAGUUGUAGCUGGUCAUCAGUUACAACUGUAAAUGUUGUCGUCGGUGGCACAAGGUGGAUAGAGCUCCAAAGAGUAGAAUGGUAGUUUAACAGGAACAGAAAUAUGUAUAGAACAAUACUCGUACACAAAAACAAAAUCAGUAUUAUUAAAGUAAAACAAAUGGAAGUUCACAAAACUUAAUUUCAUAACAGAUCAUAACAAACCACAGCAUUUCUGGAAUACUGUAUCCACGGAACAAAAUCCUUCCUAGACCUUGUGAAAGGGAAUAGUAUUAAUUAUGCUAUUUUCAGGUUUUUAUGAAAAAUUGUAAUGAUUUCCUUUGAAACAUCCUCCAGAUAUGCCAUGAAAUUCAUACCAGAAAGAUGUUGAUCUAUUAUAAAAUGUAACAAGUUGACAAAAUCAAAAAUAGAAACACAACAAAUACAACAGUAGCAACUUGGUGCUGUGAACAAGAAAAAACACUGGGUACACAAUAUCCACUCACACAACAACACAAUGCUCCAAAAUUAUUCCGUCAACAAUUUUCAGGACACACAAAAAUGUCCGACAGUGAUUAAUGUCUAACAGUAAUGAACAUCUCAAGUCAAAUGACAGCAUAAAUACUAUAGUAGAUAGUGAAUGGAACACUUCAA